AUGAAUGGUCAAAAACUUGAGGAAGAAAAGAUAAAGAUCCAAGCCAGUGUUCUUGAUCUUCCUCUCUGUUUACAGAUUCUAAACGAUGCGAUUUUGUAUUUUAAGGAGGAGAACAAGAGAUGCUCAGAGAUGGAUACUCAACCAUUGUUGAAAGAUUUCAUCUCUGGAGAUGGUCCAUUGCUGAAAAGAGAGGAGAAGAAGCUUCAGCUGUGGACAGAAAAUGAUCACAUCCCAAACGGAAGAUUCUCAGACACGAAGCAGCUUUGGUGUCGGAGAUCAAAAUAUGCAAUUCUGAAUCCAAAAACUUCACUGUGGGACUCUUCGUGUAGGCACAAUAAGAUUCUGUCUUUGGUAGCUUCCUUCUUUGCUGCAGCGUGGAGUAAGAACAAGUUGCAGGUCAUUGUUGGAACAUUAUCUGUAUUCCUCCUGUGUUGA